UUCCCAUCCCUAUUAGUCAUAUGAAUUUGACAUUAACUGACAUGAUUUUCACUAAAAUUGAGAAUAAAACUAAGUUUUUAAAAGCCUGUGAAAAUUUCUGAAACUUAUUUUAAGGCUAUUUAAGUAAACGACAAAGUUAAAAUUUAUCUUCUCUACAAAAAUGAACAUAAUUCUACAAUUUUGAGCGGCAUCUUGACCCCUGAAUAUUUGAUGUUGCAUUGCAUCAUAUUUUUGUAUAUUACGUUUCGAGUUUCAAUGAAAUAUGCCUGCUCAUCGGUCUGAAGAUGAAGAUAAACCUUGUCGUGCUUGCUCCGAUUUUAAAACAUGGGCAAAAUCUCAAAACAAAACCACAUUGAAUACGCCGAACAAAGUGGCCCCUGUUAAACCCGCAGAUUGCCCUUUGGACAAAGACGAUCUGGGUCGGUCUACAUGGGGUUUCCUGCAUUCUAUGGCAUCUUACUACCCCGACAAGCCAACGAGAAGACAGGCUGAGGAUAUGUCAAAAUUCUUUAAUAUAUUUUCGCAAUUCUAUCCAUGCGAACCUUGUGCUCUCGAUUUCCAGGAAGACAUAAAAAAACAUCCACCAAAAACAGACUCAAGAGAUCAUUUAGCUCAAUGGUUGUGUGAACGACAUAACACUGUAAAUAGGAAACUUGGUAAACCCUUAUUUGACUGCAGUAAAAUUCAUGAGAGAUGGAGAGACGGCUGGAAAGAUGGCUCCUGUGAUUAAUGUGAAGCAUUUCAAAGUAUUAAUGAUGUCAAACAUUAAUUCCUUUAAUUAAAUGUUGAUUCAGCGACAUCAAUAGUGACAACAAUUGUCCAGGCAUAAACACAUUAAAGGAGUUAUUUACAUGAACACCAACACCAAAGUAAAAAGAAAACUUAAAAUUGAGGCUGAUAUUUCUUUAUUAAUAUAAAAGGCAAUAUAAUUUUUCACAGGAAAUGUUUCUUUUUGUUUAAGUCUUAUUUUUAUUAUUAACAUAUCUUCCAAACUGGGUAUAAAGAAGUCCUAUUUACAGUUACAUAUAACAAAAUAUAUUUAUUAAGUAAUGGUUAUGUAACACCAAAUAAUCAAUAAAUUAAAUAUCAGAUAAAUUCCUACCUCUACUUUUAACUAAUUUGAAAAUAGUUUUUUUAUUAUUGACAUGAAAUCUUUGAUGCCAGUGUCUAUGCCUCCUAUAAAUAUUUUUCCAAUUACAAUGGUUGUCAGCAUUUAGACCCCUGAAUUUGUGCCUGAAUUAAGUUUAUAUUAAGUGAUCCUAUACCGAGUGUUUGUCCAGUGAUACCUCAGUGAAUAGUCAUUUUGUCAACAAUGUGCUAUUGUUUACUUUUGUGUUUCAAAGUAUUUUGUAUACUGUAUUGUAGACGCUACAUUGUUUUAGAAAGUUAUAUUAAAUGUUACUAUAUUGUUAUAUAAGAGUUAUUAUUUGUGUAUUGAAAUAAUAAACAUAUGACAUUUUUAUGAUGUUUAUUUAAAAAAGUUUAAAAGUAUAAAAAUCUGUUUACCGACAUUACACUUUAAUCGUCAUCAGAACAUAACUAAUUCUAAACAAAUUAUCAUAAUAAUGUAUAAAAGUAGGCAGUUUAAAGCACUCGGAAUUAUCAAUGACAACUACCCAGCCAUACAAAACAGUCUGGUCUUCAACAUAGACAGAUAUUUUAAUGGGGUCCAAUCUUUUAAAUAACAGGGUGACAAUAAUUUUGACAUUUGUACCCAGCGUGUAUGACGACACACGUAGCUACUGAGUUAUUUGCAAUUAUACACAGUGAUAAGUAUUUCUAACGUACUGUUACAAUGAAAAAUAAGCAUGAAUCUUAUUAUUUAUGUUUUCAUUGGAAUGAACCUAAAACACAUAAGCAAAAGAAAAAUUCAUUGUCAACAAUAACAAGGAACAACAAAUUCUGUUUAUUGGUAAUUUGUCAAAAUAAGAAAACAAUGACCAGAAAAUUGUAAUAACAUUAGGAAGAAUGUGUGGCAUGUAUUUUGACACUGAAUGUCUGAAAUUAUAAUUCCAACACAAAAGCAUUUUGAAACUUAACACCUGCAAACAUGUACUCUUUAAGUAACAAUACAAUGAGUGACAUGUAAAUUCAUCCGCUUAAUUCUAAGAUAAUAUAUGUUGUCACAUUAUUGUGCAUCUGAGUGCCAAAGUAUGUUGUAACUCGCGUUUACGUAGAUAUCGACAUUUGCGAAUAAUGUUUCACUUUAAAAGCAAAUUGACACAGAACUGUCUAAAGAACUAAUGUAUUAAUGGCAAAGGUAAAAAUUUAUUUGAAGUUCAUAAAUACAAAUUGUUUUGUGUUCAUAUUCUUGUUUGCUUACAAUUAUUUCUAUUUUAUAGAGUACUUCAUUUUUAAUAUUAGGCAUUCUGAUACAUCUAAGUCAUAAAGCCCCUAUUCGAUUCAAUUCGAUAGGAAAGUGAAGGCAGCUAGCUAGCAGUGGAAAAAUUAAUAGGUUGACGAUUAUGCUAGAUAGUAAGGAAACAUACUAGAUAAGGAUUCUCAAAUGCUUUAGAUACAGAUGGGCUGUGUCUGUAAACGCGGUCAUCAUUACAUACUUAGCACUCGGAUCACUGUUUGGUUUGUUCUCAUAAAAACUCCAUUUCCCUUUCUAUACCAACAAAUUUCAACUGCUCUGUUGGACCAUAUCUGCAAAUAGAAAAAAAAAAUAUAUGAGUAUCAAAAUUUUUUACGAAAAUUCCAA